AUGUCUUUAGUCUCCGAAAAAUUGGCCAAUCUCAACUUGGCCGAGGAAAUCUUAUCGACAAAAUUGAGUGACAGUGGAUUCGAUGGCAAAUGGCUUUUAGAGACGCUUCUAAGGCCUAAUGGAAACUUUGAUGGAGAAUUCGACUUUUGGAAAUUGAACAAGGUGGGGCUGUCAGACUUGUGUUCGUCAGAUACUGUCUGAUUUUAAUCCACUGCCUUAAAAUCCGGCCAAGAAAACUUUGUAGAACUGGCUGUCCAAGUCUCGUUUAUGUGUAUUUUAAUUUCAGAUCACAACCUUUGAUAUUGGGGCCGGGAAAGGGCAUUUGAGUCGAGUUUAUCUUGUGUCAUUGGGCUCUUCAAGCGGUCAAGAGUUGGAUUUGGUGAUCAAAGUGCCAACAAUCGCCAUUCUCAAUGCAAUUCGAGCUCAUACUGGGCAGGAAGUAGGUUUUUUUUGAUGACUUACUUCUCUAGAUCAUAAAAUGGCUUUAAGGGGUGUAAAAUACGGCUCUUUGAACAACAUAUCGUAUUCUCAUGGCUUGAGAAUUCUCUAAGUUUCCCUGUUCAUUUCUCUUGUGCUAGAAACAAUUUCUAGGACCUCCACAAUCUCGGUUGUAAUCUUCUUCAAUCCUAUUUUUCAGACCUUCCAAGACGAUUCGCCGGGUGCCCAAUUCGUCUACGCCUCUCAUAACCGAGAAUGCGAAUACUACGAGAUGGUCAAGUCCCAGCCCUCCAACAAAACGCACACUCCCAAAGCCCACUACAUCAAAAAAGUUGGCAGCAAUCCAACGGAGGAUCGCGGAGUCCUAAUUCUCCAUUCGUUCGCUAAAAAUUCCGUUUCUCUCCCGUUAUUCCAAGGCGCCUCCAAGGGGAUGAUGAUUUCGGUGGCCAAGGCCUUGGCCGAUCUGCAUGCCACUUGUUUGAAUUUAGAGGGACAGCCUUGGAAGGACUUGAAUAACACGCCGUUACAGACGGAUUACUUGGCAUUGAGCGUGACUCCGAGAUAUCUCCCGGUUUUAAAGGUGAAAUGCCCCUGUAAGCUUAAAAAAUUUACAUACAAUAUAAAGAAAUUAUAUACCAGCGACCAACUCCGCCGUAUUUGACAAUUGUAUACACUAAAAAUGUUUAUUCCUACACUCUUAUAAGUACCUUUACCGGGUUCACUAUCUAGACUAUCUAGAAGUAUUUGAAUUAUUUUGAAGAUAUCUUUUUUACUACCGAGAAAAGAAACAAAACUCAUUUUAGCUAUCAAAACUUAUUUUUUAUUGGUCCUUCAAUAACCUUGUCUUAGCCACCAAUCAUCAAAACCUACGAAAAAAUCCCUGAAAAUCUUUAAAAUCUAAAUAUUCCAGACGUCUACGAAGCCUUCCUCCCCCUAAGGUCUCUGGUCAAUCCGAAAUUCCUCAAAUAUUGUCUUGUUGACCGUGCCGUCGAGAUGAAUGCCAUUGGCUUUGUCUACGGAGAUUGUUGGGGAAAUAACACUCUGUUCGAGAAGCGUGCCGAUGGAUCGGUUUCGGAUGAAGUUUCUGGCUUCGUGGACUUGCAAAUGGUUGGAUGGGGUGAGUGAUUCGCAACAAAAAAUUAGGGUUUUGAAUCCGGAGUUGGACGAUUGGGGAAAAAGACGAUUGGGGAAAAAGACGAUUGGGGAAAAGUACGAUUGGGGAAACCGAAAAGUAUUAUUUUUCUUCCAUGCAAAUGUCGAAGUUAGGAGAAUCGAGGGUGCUCAUUUCGAAAAUGACAUUCUUUUUUUUUGAUUCUUACUUUUUUUCUUAAGUAGUACUGUAAAGUAGUAAUUUUUGAUUUUUUUUCAUAAAUACUCGAUUUAGGGGUUUUCGAGGGUGCUGAUUUCGAAUAUCGGGUUUAUUUUUUCUGAACAUUACUAGUGUUCCUUAAGUAGUACUGUUAAGUACUAAUUUUUUUAAAAUUUUCGAAAAAUACUGGAUUUAGAUGAUUUCGAAGGUGCUGGUUUCGAAAAUCAUGUUCAUUUUUCCUCUAGUACUACAUAGUACUAUUCUGAUACUAUAUAGUACGAGGUCAAAAUAUGGCUUUUGACGUUAAUGGUGUUGUUUUGAUGCUUAGUACUCUUCAAAAACACGUUUUAAAGACUUGGUGCUAUAUAGUACUGUCUGAUACUAUGUAGUACGAAGUAAAAAUAGGCGUACUAAGCACCAGAACAACACCACGAACGCCUAAAGGCCAACUUUGCACCUCGUACUACAUAGUAUCAGGUAGUACUAUAUAGCACCAGGUCUUUAAAACGUGUUUUUGAAGAGUACUAAGCAUCAAAACAACACCAUUAACGUCAAAAGCCAUAUUUUGACCUCGUACUAUAUAGUAUCAGAAUAGUACUAUGUAGUACUAGAGGAAAAAUGAACAUGAUUUUCGAAACCAGCACCUUCGAAAUCAUCUAAAUCCAGUAUUUUUCGAAAAUUUUAAAAAAAUUAGUACUUAACAGUACUACUUAAGGAACACUAGUAAUGUUCAGAAAAAAUAAACCCGAUAUUCGAAAUCAGCACCCUCGAAAACCCCUAAAUCGAGUAUUUAUGAAAAAAAAUCAAAAAUUACUACUUUACAGUACUACUUAAGAAAAAAAGUAAGAAUCAAAAAAAAAAGAAUGUCAUUUUCGAAAUGAGCACCCUCGAUUAUCCUAAUUUCGACAUUUGCAUCGAAGAAAAAUAAUACUUUUCGGUUUCCCCAAUCGUACUUUUCCCCAAUCGUCUUUUUCCCCAAUCGUCCCUUUCCCCAAUCGUCUUUUUCCCCAAUCGUCCCAGUUCCUUUUGAAUCUUACUUCCUUUCGAAGCAAACAAUCUAAAAAAACUGUCAUGAUGAUGAAAUAAAACCCCUGAAAAUAAAAAUUUUUAUUGAAAAAUGCCUCAGACAUCAUGUUGAUGCUAUUUCAAUUUAUUUUUUGUAUCCAUAUCUUCGUGCUUCACCAAAAUUGGCAUCAUGACGUCAUUUUUAGAAAACAUCAUAAAGUCUCAAAUUCAAAUAUUUUUUGAUGCAAAAGCACCCAUGAUUUUAGGAAAUGGCCUAUUCGACUUGGCUCGUUUCAUAACCACCUGUGUUGACGCUGAAACUCGUCGCGAAUCCGCCGACGAAGCCUUCACUACCUACUACAACAACCUCAAAUCUCAAGUCAAAGAGGCCGUUCCAAAGACCAUAGAAGAAGCCCGAGAGCUUUUCGAUUUGGCAACAAUCCACCAAGCCAUUUAUUAUGUCUUCCUGAUCCCGGCUUUCAUGUUGAGCAGUUCGCGAACUGCGCCCUCACCUCAAGUUCAUGAAGCGCGAAUGGAAAAACUAAAGUUGCGAGGGAAAUUGGCGAUGCAAGAUGCUGUCAAGAUGGUUGAAAAAUACGAUCUGAAGAGGUUUGAGAGUCCUGCUUGA